CCUAAAGAAUGAAUAAAUGCUUGCAGCCCCCUCUCCAUCUCUGACGUUUUGCAAGAUAAAGCCAUCAUCGUAAAGUACCUGCACAACGGUACGCUAGGAGCAACGUGCCUGAACCCUUUUAGGUUAGCGUCCCAGACCCUUGAUUCGCGCUGAUCAUCGCCAAAUCACUUCCCUGAGCCUCAACCUCUUUUGAAUUCCACCCUACCCUGUCAAUCUUUUUUCCAAGUUUUGCCCGCCAGCCUCUCGAAUUCGUAUUGACCAUGGACAUCGUCCUGGAGAUUACGGACACGUUCUUUUUCGAUCAUAUCUACGCCUGGGUUCUUCCCGCGCGUGCUACUCCGUUCGACUUUCCGGACCAUCUCUCGGCCAAUGCUACCAGCCAGGCAUUCUCAACAUGGCAGUACAAGCCCGCAACGUCUUUCUUCUCCUUUCAGCCCCCGCAGGCUGCCUACAUGAGCGCCUGGGCCCGAGAUAACAUCUACCGCCAGGGCGUGUCACUUUUCCUAAUAACAUGGCUGUUCGGUCUUCUCAUAUACUUUGUCUUUGCGUCGCUUUCGUACUGGCUUAUCUUUGACAAGAAGACACUCGAGCACCCCAAGUUCCUGAAGAACCAGAUCUCCCUCGAGAUGAAACAGACGGCCAUCUCCCUGCCAGUCAUGGCCAUCUACACCGCCCCCAUAUUCCUGGCCGAGGUCCGCGGGUACAGCAAGCUCUAUGACUCUUCUGCCGAGGGUCCCGGAACCUGGUACGACUUCGCCCAGUUGCCCCUCUUCCUGCUCUUCACCGACUUCUGCAUCUACUUCAUCCACCGGGGACUGCACCACCCGCUCGUCUACAAGCGCCUCCACAAACCGCACCACAAGUGGAUCAUGCCGACUCCCUUCGCCAGCCACGCCUUCCACCCGCUCGACGGCUUCGCGCAGGGCAUCCCCUACCACUUGUACCCCUUCCUCUUCCCGCUGCAGAAGCUCGCCUACGUCUUCCUCUUCGUCUUUGUCAACUUCUGGACCAUCAUGAUUCACGACGGCGAGUACAUGGCCGACAAUCCCGUCAUAAACGGGGCCGCCUGCCACAGCGUCCACCACCUCGCCUUCAACUACAACUAUGGCCAGUACACCACCUUGUGGGACCGCAUGGGUGGGAGCUACCGCGCCCCCGAAACGUCCAUGUUCGACAAGGAUGUUAAGAUGAGCAAGGAACAGUGGGAGAAGGAGUCCGCCGAGAUGGAGAAGAUGGUCAAGGAGGUUGAGGGCGAGGACGACCGCAAUUAUGAGCCGGAGACUAAGAAGUCCCAGUAAGAGGGGAGACUAUCCCUUCUUAUCCAGGUUUACGAAUCCCACUACGGCCCAUUCACUAGUUCGAUAUCGGGAUUUUGAUGAGGUGAUGAUGACGAGUAGAGAAAAAGGGGAAGCUGUUUUGGUUGUAACUACUAAUAUCAAGCCUCAGGCUGUACUGUACAUAUAUGUUUUUCAUUGAUCCCAUUGGGAUCUGGCGUGGAGGUUGGUGGUCGGAGUCAUUCUUUUAAGUCCCUACAAGACCACAUAGAGAUCGUAUUCAACUCUGAGUAGGAGGGAAUACUGUAAUGUAAUAAACGAAAG